AUGACGGUUCAACAUGAAGUAUCUCUGCUUAUUGUAGAGAUCCAACUGUUUGCCAGUAAAAAUUCAGAUGGACAAACUAGUGUCAAAUUUGGUGUUCUGUUCAAUGCCUAUAAGUGCACCAAUAUCUUUGAGGCUUUGGUUGUGAUUCUGAGGGCUGCCAAGAUCUUUCUGAGGGCUGCCAAGAGGAAAAAGAUCAUCGCUUUUGAAGGGGAGCUGCUCCUGCAAGGUGUCCAUGACAAUGUUGAUAACCAUCAGCUUCAUUCUUGUAGGAGUGUGUUAUCAUUAUUCAGGUGAUAAGUCAAGCGUUUCUUUGAGGCUUUACUAUUACAUCUACCAGGGAUCAUAAAUCAACAUUUUAUAAAUUCUUAGGACUACAAAUAUUGUAUUUCUAGGGGAUGAAAUACGUAGACUUCUUAGGAAACAACUUCCUGCUGUUUUAUUAACCCUUACAGGAAUCACUAAAUGGCAAAUUAAUUGAUUGUUUAAAUGGUAAUUUUGCUACCUCGUGUGGAACUCCUUAGAAAAACUAAGAUAGCAAGUGCUUCAAGAGAGACCUUUGCACAUACUGCUUUUGCAAAAGCCUCUCUUGAAGCACUUGCAUUUUAGUUUUUCCAAUGCAUGGUGCUACUGUUAUUCAAGGAAACACAUACUUAGUAUUGUGCUCUGGUAGGAAAGAAAUGUGAAACUUGAUAUGGGAAGCAAUUGUAAUUCUUCAAGGAAAUGGUUAGAAAAAUAAAUAAAAACAAUGACAAAUUUAGCAUUGUACAAUUUCUCUGAACUAAUACAAUGCAUUUACAGUAUGAUCAUUAUCAAACUUCA